AUGGAGAAUCAACCACUGGUGUCAGCACGUGCAGCUGGUAUCCCCAGACCCAUUUAUUCUAGUCCCUCUGUUCCUGAACUGAUUCCCCUGUCUAUAGUGCUUCCCAUAAUGGGGAUCACUUUAGGGUGUGUUUGGGCUGCAUACAUCACCACAGAACUCCCAGAGGCGGCGGCGACCACUAUGAUGUCAGCUGACACUGCAGAACCUUCUGAGGUAGUGGCUGUCGUGUCCCCAGAGGCGAUGGCGGCCACUGCAGUUUCUCCAGAGGUGGCAGCACAUGCUGCAGAACCUCCCAAGGUGGCGGAGCUUGCUUCAGCUUCUUGCACGGUGGAGGCGCCCAUUUCAGUCACUGAACUGACUGCCUGUCCAGUUUCACUCAAUGAGUCUAGUUAUGAACUAUCAACUCAGCUAGUCUUUGCUAAAGAUUCCAAUGAUAAACUGUCUGCCCGUUCAGUUGUCACCAGGGAAAAUAUUGUUGAUCUUGUAAAUCAAGAAGAUGAGUUGACAGACGAUGACAGUGUUUUUGAAUCAGAGCUAGUGAAACAGGUGAAAGAUCUGGAACUGCAGGGAGUUUCUGCUGCUGAGUCUGGAGACCUGCCCGCUGCUCUUCAGCAUUUUAACCAGGCCAUCCAGAUCCUGCCUCAGAGGGCUUCAGCCUACAACAACCGAGCCCAGACCAAACGCCUGCAGGGAGACACGAAAGGUGCAGUGGAAGAUCUGGAGCGUGCCAUUUCUCUCAGCGGUGGCAUCGGGCGAUCAGCCUGUCAGGCUCUGGUCCAGCGUGGCCUUCUUCUUAAGUUGUCGGGUCGUGAUGAGGAGGCUCGGGUGGACUUUGAGAAGGCAGCCGCUUUAGGCAGUGAGUUCGCCCGGCAGCAGGCUGUGAUCUUGAACCCCUUGGGUCGCGAUGAGGAGGCUCGGCUGUCAGAGGUCAUCAAUAAACUACGCAACCCAGAAAUGUCAGACAUGCCAUAGAGAUGGAAAAGUAUAUACUAAUAAGUAUAUGCAUUGUAUUGUAACAAAGGGAUACAUUAUUAACUUUGUACUUUCUGGUUUUCACAAGUGAAUAAACAUAUACACACACACACACACACACAUGAUUUUUGAUUUCAGCAGA